AAGUCUUUUUGUAGGGAGAAGGGGACUUGAAAAGAAUUUGAAUUUUGAUAGAGGGGAAAAGGUCAAAAAUAGAGAAAAUAGAAAAUGGGUAUUGGAAAAAAGCAAGAACUAUUUGGAAUAAAGCUGAAAAAUGCGAUUUUAAUCAGUAAAAAAGCCAACAAAACCACACCUUCUCCCACUUGGAAACUAGGGUUUUCUAAUUCAUCUUCUCCACAUCAUCAUUUCUCAAUGAAAUCAUCCCUUUCCGCUAGAAAGAUUGGUGCAAAUCUUUGGGAAGUUCAACCCCAAUUCAAUUUCAACACAAACGACGGUGAUCGUGAUGCCGAUGAUGGUGAUGGUGAUGGUGAUGUUGCUGUUGAUCGUGGUGGUCUAAUCCACCACCAUCACCGGCGCCACCAUGAGAAAGACGAAUUUGAGGUCUCUGAUCAAUUGGAUGGAGAAUCUUCUGAUAGUGAUCCACAUACUCCAGAAAUUAAGACCAGUUUGAGAAGAAAAAGUAAAAAAAUAUCCCAUUUGCCAAUUGGGAAAAAUGAAGAUCUACAACAUGUAUCAUCUGCAAGUUGUUGUAGUUCAAUGCAGGUAACGCCUUACGCUUGUGGCAUUACCCCAAGUGGCUACACCUUGAAGACAUCAACACAUCUCCUUAAAGUCCUCAAUCGAAUUUGGAACCUUGAAGAACAACAUUCAUCCAACGUAGCAUCAAUCAAAGCCCUAAAACAUGAACUCGACAUCUCACGAGCACAAAUCAAAACCCUAAUCGAAGAAAGAAAAAACGAUCAUAAAGAAAUUAACGAAUUGAAAUGGUCAACACACGAGAAGAAGAAAAAAGCAGUUCAGUCAACAAAAGACGAGAUCUCAGAUACAAAAUCUUCGUUGAUUCGCGAGAGAAAAGCACGGAUUCUGUUGGAAAGUUUGUGCGACGAAUUUGCAAAAGGGAUUAGAGAUUACGAACAGAAAGUGAGAACUUUACAGCAAAAUCGUGGGAGAAAAGAUGAAAAUGGACCCGAUAGGCUGAUUCUUCAUGUUUCUGAAGCAUGGCUUGAUGAAAGGGUGCAGAUGAAGUGUGAUUUAUCAGAGAACACAUCGAUUUCUGAUAAUUUAUGUUGUGAAAUUGAAACGUUUCUUGAGGCUAAAAAGAAACAAUCGCGUGUUUCUAGGGUUGAAGACGACUGUGAGCCAUCUUCAAGGAUGGUGAAUCAGGGUGUAAAGUCGAACACAUUGAUGGCAAAAUUACUUGAAGCAAGGUUAGAAAGCAAGCUUUUGAAAUCAAGAAGUAAGAACUAAGAAGGUUGUUUAGGUUUAGCAUAGUUUUCUUGUAAUUUUGGUUUAUACUAUAAUGUGAAGAGAUGGUAUAUUGAUCUUGAAAUCAUCAUCUGUUUGUCAUUUUCAUUUUAA